UGUAAAUUUGGGAUUUAUGAAGAUAACUUAUGGGUUGUCUGGAUUUCCACUCCGAGGAUUUGUAUCACUUCUAAGCUUCUUUUUCAAGACUCAAGAAGCUAUUUCUAGUCAUCCACAAUUACUAGUUCUCUAAUUCAAUGUGUUUGGUUCCUUGAAAUAAAAUGGCAGCUGGAAGUAGCUGUCAACAAAAUUUUAGAAAAGCUGUUGGUGCUCUUAAAGACUCUACGAUGGUUGGGAUGGCCAAAGUCAACGGUGAGUUUAAGGGAUUAGAUGUUGCCAUUCUUAAAGCCACAAACCACAUUGAAAUAUUGCCAAAGGAGAAGCAUGUACGAAAAAUUUUCGAUGCAGUUUCAGCUUUAAGACCUCGAGCAGAUGUUGGUUAUUGCAUACAUGCACUUGCAAGGCGUCUUUCUAAAACCCGUACUUGGGCAGUUGCAAUAAAAACUUUAAUCAUUACAAAAUAA